CAACGACUGCUUAUCUAUCACCGAUCGUUACACGAUCGUCAUAGAAACAUAAACAAGAUGGCGACUACUUUGACUAUUUUGUGAUGCGAAACAAUUUUGCUCCGAAACAUAAUGGCUCAAACGGAAGACCUGCAGUGUAAGCCUACCCAGCUCAGUAGAAGAUGGAUUUGGAAAGACGACACAAACACACUGGAACCAAUAAGCACUGUUCCUGGAAGCAUUGAUAAAGGUGCAAACUUUCAUCUUGCUGCUAACAAAUCAAAAAGAAGCAAAGGAGGCUUAGGAAUACACUUUCAGGACCUGAACAAAAAAAAUGAUAGGGGUACACCAUCUGUCAUGUCGAAAAACUAUGGGGCUACAGGAGCAACAUCUCGUCGUGGCCAAGCAUACCUGAUGGUACAAAGAGCUGGUAACAUGAAAGGUUCCUCUCCACGACCCAGUGUCAAGGCAGCUGCAGCCAAUGAACAUGCAACUGUAACACUAGAUGAUGUAAAGAGUGUUGCAUUAGAUUCCAUGCCAGAUGUUGACCUCCUUCCUCCUGCAUUUCAGGAAUGUUACAGCUCUGAACAAUUUGAUGAAUUUCAACUGGCCAUUUUGAAUUACUUUGAUGCAUUCUUUGAGAGGAUGGCUAUUGAAAAUAAACCGAAACCAAUGGCAGUUGAACCAAGUCUAGCUGAGAGAAAAGCUCUGGCAACAGCUGUUGCCAAACAAGAAUCAGCACAGAGACUUCUAGGGCAAUGUUACUGUACACUUGUGCUUGGGCUUGGACUGGAAGAUAAACAUCACAUGGGCUGUGGCAGACAACGCAGCUCAGACACAAGCAGAGACAGGGAACUGUAUGAGGCUUUUUAUCCAUUUUCUGCAUUUGUGACCUACAUUGCAUUUAGACGACAACAUUUGGAUUUAAUACAAAAAGAACUGGGAAGUCAACGAUCGCCUGUGCUGGUGUCUCUGUUACCGACCUCACAGGAAGCAAGUCCAUGGUUUCUUGAUCGCACCAAAGCUCUUCCCUUGUCGGAAAAUGAGAUACCACAUGAGGAAGAAAAGCUGGGCCUUGUCCUCCAACCCAAAGUUGGUAUCAUCGGAGAACCCAUGUCCGGUUUUAAUCCGUUGACCUUGGCACCGUUUGGUGAGGAACAUGAGGAGGAGACUGGAGACGAGGCGGCAUCAAGAAGAAGUUCCAUACCAAGUGAAGCACCAGUCACCCCCAAUCAGGGAACAACCAGCGUCGUAGAAGAAGGAGAAUCCGCUGAACAGGAGGAAUGACACAAACAUCAACAAGUCAGAUUGUCAUACAAAAAAGUGCACACGUUUUGUCAGACACAUCAUUGUAUAUAAAUUGUACAGAUUACCAAUUUUGCAAUGUAUUUGAUAAAAGGUAUGAAUUCUCCUAAAUGACUUAAGUCGCUCUUCCCAUUCCGCCGGCCGAGUCAAGGAGUCCACCCUCUUCCCUCCCCUGGGGAGUAAAAGUUAUGACACCUUGUUUAUUGAACAUGACUUGACUUUUUUUCGUCGUUGUUGUUGCCCCAAACGCAGGUGCUUCCAAUUACAACAAACCAAUAAUUUUGCAAUUCAUUGCCUGCUUGAUUCUCGGCAUCACGUUGUGAGUUGAAGAUUUUUUUUUCUUUUUGCAAUUAAAAUGAAUCAUUUCUAACCAGCAGCCUUUCAGAAAGUCUGUUUGAACAGAUGUCGAGCUGUUCAUUGUCUCUCUUUCUUCUACUGAUAAAUCUCAACAAACUUAUUUGUUGUAGCGAAUUUAUUAUUAGCGCGAGAUCGGUAGUUAUUUGUGGAUCAAAGCGAACAUAAAAGACGCAGAGAAUUUACAAUAACAGAUUGAAACUAAAGAGAAAAAAAAAAACUUACUUGGGAAUGGAAUGGCUUCCUUUUGCAGCAAAACAGAAAAGUCGGCAUCCAAAAUGUGUACGAAUUUAGCCGUUGAUGUCUCGAAACAAAUUUUCUUUGAUCUCUAUUGUAAUAGUUUCCACAGGACAUUACUUACACAAGUCUAUCGAGAAAAGAUAUUUAUUACAGUUUUUAUAUAUUGUUCUUUCCGUUGGCACUUGAGCUUCCUGUUGAUUCUGGGGCUGAUUGAAACAAAAAAUGAAUGUAAGAUCGAAACGAAAACUAUCAUGCACUUGAGUUUCCAAAGCUUAUUCGCUAGGUUGGAGUCAAACAAGACAACUAGAAAUUAGUUAUUUUCUGCAAGAGGAAGAAGAUCAACUUAUUUUAAUAUAAGGAUUAUAAAUGUUUGAAAAUUUUUGAAAAAAGUUUUCAAGUGUAGUGCUUGUUAGUAAGUUAUCCCUCCUUGAAGUUUCCUACAGAGUUCACAAGAUGUGAGUUAAAGAAUAAAGCAUACUAGAGCUGCAG